UGGUAGUAUUUUUUUUUUUUUUUUGUUUGAAAUUGGUGCUUUUCUAAGGCAGCAUGGCUGCUGUUGCUGGCCUUUAUGGCCUGGGCGAAGAUCGCCAACAUCGCAAGAAACAACAGCAGCAACAGCAACAUCAGCUGGAGCAACGCGAACAAAAGGAAGAGCAAAAGAAAUUAGCGGAACGUAAAUUAGCCAGAGAUCAACAGCAGUAUUUGAAAGAUCAACAGAGGCCAUCAUUUGACGGGUCUUUACCCAAAUUGAGCAGUCAAGACGAAGAAGGGGGGGCUGGUCAUGGCUAUGGUGGCGGGCCACAACACUUUGAACCCAUUCCUCAUGAUCAUGAUUUUUGUGAAAGAGUUGUUAUAAAUGUAAGCGGGUUAAGGUUUGAAACACAAUUAAGAACGUUAAAUCAAUUCCCAGACACGUUACUAGGGGAUCCAGCUCGGAGAUUACGGUACUUUGACCCGCUAAGAAAUGAAUAUUUUUUUGACCGUAGUCGACCGAGCUUCGAUGCUAUUUUAUACUAUUAUCAAAGUGGUGGCCGACUACGGAGACCGGUCAAUGUCCCUUUAGACGUAUUUAGUGAAGAAAUAAAAUUUUAUGAAUUAGGUGAUCAAGCAAUUAAUAAAUUCAGAGAGGAUGAAGGCUUUAUUAAGGAAGAGGAAAGGCCUUUACCGGAUAAUGAAAAUCAAAGAAAAGUCUGGUUACUUUUUGAGUAUCCAGAAAGUUCACAAGCCGCCAGAGUUGUAGCCAUAAUUAGUGUAUUUGUUAUAUUGCUAUCAAUUGUUAUAUUUUGUCUAGAAACAUUACCCGAAUUUAAGCAUUAUAAGGUGUUCAACACAACUACAAAUGGCACAAAAAUCGAGGAAGAUGAGGUGCCUGACAUCACAGAUCCUUUCUUCCUUAUAGAAACGUUAUGUAUUAUUUGGUUUACAUUUGAACUCACUGUUAGGUUCCUCGCAUGUCCGAACAAAUUACAUUUCUGCAGGGAUGUCAUGAAUGUUAUUGACAUAAUCGCCAUCAUUCCUUAUUUCAUAACAUUGGGUACUGUUGUAGCCGAGGAGGAAGACACAUUGAAUCUUCCAAAAGCGCCAGUCAGUCCACAGGACAAGUCAUCGAAUCAGGCUAUGUCCUUGGCAAUAUUACGAGUGAUACGAUUAGUUCGAGUAUUUCGAAUAUUUAAGUUAUCUAGGCAUUCGAAGGGUUUACAAAUUUUAGGACGAACUCUGAAAGCCUCUAUGCGGGAAUUAGGUUUACUUAUAUUUUUCUUAUUUAUAGGCGUUGUACUCUUCUCAUCGGCGGUUUAUUUUGCGGAAGCUGGAAGCGAAAAUUCCUUCUUCAAGUCCAUACCCGAUGCAUUUUGGUGGGCUGUCGUUACCAUGACAACCGUUGGAUAUGGUGACAUGACACCUGUUGGUUUUUGGGGUAAAAUCGUUGGUUCGCUAUGUGUGAUAGCUGGUGUGCUGACAAUCGCUCUGCCCGUACCCGUUAUUGUUAGUAAUUUCAAUUAUUUCUACCAUCGCGAGACGGAUCAAGAGGAAAUGCAAAGCCAAAAUUUCAAUCAUGUCACAAGUUGUUCAUAUAUGCCCGGUGCUUUAGGUCAACAUUAUCGAAAAUCAUCGUUGUCUGAAUCGUCAUCGGAUAUUAUGGAUUUAGAUGAUGGCAUUGGAACGCCGGGUUUGACUGAUCAUCCAGGACGUCAUUUAGCUCCAUUCCUAAGAACACAACAAUCUUUUGAGAAACAGCAACUUCAAUUGCAAUUACAACAGCAACAACUGCAACAACCUCAACAAAAUGGAGUAAGAGGGUCUAGUACUUUAAACCAGAGACACAAUAGCGCUAUGGCGGUCAGUAUUGAAACCGAUGUCUGACUACUGGUAAAAAACGUGGAGCAUAGUAUUAAUUGGCGUCGUGAGAUGUUACGCUGGAUGCCAGAAACGACAUCAAAGGCGGUCUAAAAGUUCAUUUUUUUAUGAAAAAUGACAAAAACGUUCUUUUUUAGAAAAAUUCAAAUAACCAAAAUAAAUUUAUAAUUUUUUUAUUAUUUUUUUAGAAUUUAAUAUAAUUGAAAAAAAAAGAGAAAAAAUUAAAACAUUUAGCAAAUAUCAUUGUUAGUAAAGAAAAGAAAACCAAAAGGAUACAAAAAUUAAAAAAAAAACCAAGAAUAGAUAAAAUAAAUUUAGUUGAUAAUUAGAAAACAAUUUUUUUAAGACAAGCUAAAUUAAACAAACAAAACUAAAUCAACAAUUAGCUUAAAAUUAAUAAAAAAAAAAACAAACAAAC